AAUUCGAACGCGCUCGCUUUCACAACGUCACCGAAACCGCGCUGUUGUUGUGUACGCGUGCGGUAAAACGACAACCGCAACAACAAAAUAAAAUUUAAUUAAACCAAACAGCAGAGCAGCAAUAUUCAAAAGUUCAGCUGUGAAUCGUGCAAAACGCGAAGAGAAUGUGCAGCGCAAAAAAUUUCAAAGAAAAAAUUAAUAAAAAUAAAGCAAAAAUCAACUAACGAAAAUGCUGCCAUUUCGCGUUUGUGGCUGGAACGUGACGCUUUUGUUGUUAUUGUUGUUGUGGAAAUACGAAAAUUCCACGUUAUCAAAGUGACUGUCGCGCGGCGCUGUUUUUAUUAUUUUCGUUUCGCGGUUUUAUCUCUUCCACGUUGACAGCAGCACAAUAACAACAACGCGCGCAGCUAAAAGAGACUGCGACGCCUGAACGACUGCCAACCGUGCAAAUAACUUUUUGUUUACCUUUUUCGCACUUUUUAUUCUUUUUUUAAAUUUAUUUUUUCGAAACGACGCAAAGAAUUGCUAAAAAGCUUAGCAUUAAGCAAAAAUAAUUUCAAUAAAAUUUGUGAAAAAAUUAAUUCAAUGCUAAACCGGUGCGAAUUGUGUGAAUUAUGCGGCAUUUUGUUAUUGUUGUAUUGUUUGUGCACUAAAUACAACAAAUGAAACAACAAAUGUAAUUAACCUAAAAAAAAAAUUUUACAAAAAGUGUACGUACUCGCAUGAGUCUGUGUGUAUGUCAGUAUAUGCAAUUGCAUUAAUAAAUAAAAUCACAAUACAACCCUGUGCAUGUAGGUGGCUUGUUGUGUUUACAAAAAAGUGCAAUAAUUCUGGUGAAUGCUGUGCACAAAAAAAAUUCGAGAAAAAUGCCGUGAUUUCAAGUGAAUAUUUGUAAAUAUGCGCGCACAGACUCUAAAAACGACGCACAGCUACAGCAUGUGACAAUGUGAGUGCAAGUGUGUAUGUAAAUAAAUAAAAAAAAAACUAAGCUAAAACACUAACCAAAGAUUAAAACACCAAAUUCUCUGCGACAAAAAAAACGAAAACCACUAAAAUUGUAAAAAAAAAUCUCCACACAACUGUGUAUACAACAUCAAAAAAAAAAAAUUACCCACAAUGUUCGACGUACCACCGAAAUGUCCCGCUUUGGCCCACAAACUGACUGGCAUUUUCGGCUGGCGUCACACAUAUAAAGUGUCGGCGAAGCAUGAAGGCAUACAACACACAUUCCUGCAGAAAUCCUAUUCGUUAACGCUGCCGAAACGGCCGCCGUCACCGUAUCGCGGCCAAAAGGAGCCUGAUUCUUGGGUUGCCGUACACCAUCUACAAACACAGUCGGGCAUACUCGACCCCGACGAUUGUGUCGGCGAUGUCGCCGAUGAUCGCGAACAAAUACUUGCCAGCUUCGAUGACUCCGGUCCGGAUCCGGGUGUGCCGCAAGGUGGCGGCGACGGUGCCUCUGGCAGCUCUUCGGUGGGCACUGGCUCGCCCGAUAUCUUUCGUGAUCCCACUAACACAGAUGCGCCCACAAAUGGGCAACGCGGCGAUGCUGCCACGCCGCACAUUGAAGUCACCAGCACUACUGCCUGCCCCAUGACCGGACUGGGUUUGCAAGUGCGUCGCAGCAGUGAUCCGAAUUUGCUCGCCUCGCUGAAAGCGGAGGGUGGUAAUAAACGCUGGUCAGCAGCAGCGCCACACUGCGGUGGUGAUUCACCCGAUCGUGUGCUGCUCGAUAAGAGCGGCUAUUUAACGCCACAAUGGGAGGAAGAAGACGAUGGGCAACAGCAUGCGACAGCCGCACCGACGCAACAACCGUUCGCACGCUCCGGUCGCUUGUCCAUGCAGUUUCUGGGCGAUGGCACGGGCUACAAAUGGAUGGAGGCCGCCGAAAAGUUACAGCAUCAGCAGCAGCAGCACCCGCAACAGCAGCCAUCACAUCAGUAUGCGUCGCAGGGACAAAUGUACACCACCAAGUCGCUGCCGCGUGAAAGUAAGCGCAAAGAGCCGCUCGGUCAGGCUUAUGAGUCGAUACGCGAAAAAGAUGGCGAAAUGUUGCUCAUCAUUAAUGAGUAUGGUAGUCCGUUGGGUCUGACGGCCAUACCGGAUAACGAACAUGGCGGCGGUUUGCUGGUGCAGCACGUGGAACCGGGUAGUCGCGCUGAACGUGGACGCUUGCGGCGCGGCGAUCGCAUACUCGAAAUCAAUGGCACUAAACUGAUCGGUCUAACCGAGGGUAAGGUGCAGGACUAUCUACGACGCUCACUCGAAGCAUCCGAACUGCGUGUGCGCGUGUUGCGCGCCAGUGGCAGUAACGCUAACCAACGUAGCGUCAGCAAAUCGCGGCGUCGCGACUCUAAAGUCGCCGAAAUGAUUGAAGCGGAAGAGAAAUUGGCCUCAACCGUAGAAACGAAGGUGGCGACUGUCUCGCCCACACGUAAGCCACAUACGGCGCCAGUGGGCACAUCUCUGCAGGUUGCGAAUACGCGUAAGCUCGGCCGCAAGAUCGAAAUUGUGCUGAAGAAGGGUCCGAACGGUCUGGGUUUUUCCGUGACAACACGCGAUAAUCCAGCCGGUGGCCAUUGUCCGAUUUAUAUUAAGAAUAUACUGCCGCGUGGCGCUGCUAUCGAGGAUGGUCGCUUGAAGCCAGGCGAUCGCUUGCUCGAGGUGGACGGUGUGCCGAUGACUGGUAAAACCCAAACGGAUGUGGUCUCCAUUUUGCGCGCUACGCAACCCGGUGCUACGGUGCGUUUAGUAGUGUCGCGACAGCAGGAAUUAGCCGAACAGGAUGAGCGCGAAAUUAACUACGAUGAGAAAGAGCGCGACGUUAUGAAUACACCACCAAAACCGCCAGCGCCAGUGCUACCCUCUUCAUUACAAAAACAGCAGCAGCAGGAUAAACUGCCGAAUGGCGUUAAGAAGUCCAACAGCGCACGAUCACUCUUUGAGCAGCACCAACAGCAAGCGCAGUAUCAGCUGAACGAAUCCCAGCACUUCAUAGAUGCGGGCAGCGAGUCGGCAGCCUCAAGCGAUAGCUUACAAGCGGGCAUCGCAUGGCGCUCACGCGAAGUCCUCACACUACACAUACCAGUACACGAUACAGAGAAGGCCGGUCUCGGUGUCAGCGUCAAAGGCAAGACCAGUUCAAAUUCCAACAGCAGCAACAACUCAAUGAAACACGACGGUGAUUUGGGUAUUUUCGUGAAGAACGUCAUACAUGGUGGCGCCGCAUCACGUGACGGACGUCUACGCAUGAAUGAUCAACUCUUAAGUGUUAACGGUGUCUCGCUGUUGGGUCAAAAUAACGCGGAGGCAAUGGAGACGUUGCGUCGUGCCAUGGUCAACAAUCCCGGUAAGCAUCCGGGCAUGAUAACGCUAUCGGUGGCACGCAAGAUUGCACGCUCCGCCAGUUCGGGUGACAUACUCGAGCAGACCAAUAGCAGUUCGAAUGCCAGCGAUAAUUCCGGCGCCACAGUGAUCUAUCUGAGUCCGGAGAAGAAGGAAGCACGCAGCGGAGCUGGUGGCUGCGCAACAAAUGAAAUGAACAGAUGGAGCAAUCCCGUAUUAGAUCGUCUAACCGGUGGAGUUUGCUCGUCGAAUUCAUCACAACAGGCGCGUCGGCCCUCACGCGAUCACUUGAACGCUGGCGGUGGGGUUGCAGGUGGUAUUGGCGGUGCUCCCGGUAGCGCCGGCCUACAUGGCCUGCGCAAUGAGAGCUAUUACAUGGCAACAAAUGAAACGUGGUCGCCAGCUUUGCAUCAUCAGAAGAUGAUGAAUGGCCACGUCAACAACAACACAGUUUUAAUUGAAGAUGAUCCAGAGCCAAUGUCACCCACACUGCCCCACCAUCCCAACGAUUCAGUGUGCACACAAAGCAGCAAUGGUGGCCAAAACACGACCACAGCCGCACCGGGCUUCGAUGCCACAUAUUCGUCCCAGUUGAGUCUCGAAACGAACAACUCGGGCGUUGAGCACUUUUCACGCGACGCGCUCGGUCGCCGUUCGAUAUCGGAGAAACAUCACGCCGCCUUGGAUGCACGCGAAACGGGCACCUACCAGCGCAAUAAGAAGUUGCGCGAAGAACGCGAACGCGAGCGCCGCAUACAACUAACCAAGUCUGCCAUAUAUGGUGGCUCCAUGGAGUCGCUGACAGCGCGUAUUGCCAAUGCGAAUGCGCAAAUACCCGGCUAUAAGCACACGAAGACCGCUUCCGGCGUGGAGGCGCAACAACUGCAAGCGGAGGCACGCGAUCAAGUCGGUGAUUUAGGUCCCUCGUUGGGCUUGAAGAAAUCCUCAUCGUUGGAGUCGCUGCAAACCAUGGUGCAAGAGAUACAAAUGUCCGAUGAGCCGCGCGGUCCGACGGCAUUGCGUGCGCCGCGUGGACGCGGACGUGAGGACAGCUUGCGCGCCGCUGUGGUGGCGGAUCCCGAGGCGGGCAAGCCACGCAAGCACUGGCUGCUCGAGGAGGGCACCGAUCAGGACGGCGGCUUUGCGCAUCGCAACGGUCCCUUCCAGAGUUCGCUGAACGACGGCAAGCACAAGUCGCGCGCCAAGAAGCCGAGCAUAUUGCGCGGCAUCGGACAUAUGUUUCGCUUCGGCAAGAAUCGCAAAGACGGCGUUGCACCGAUAGAUGUGCAAGCCGCUGCCUUGGCUGAGCGCCCGCCAGCCUCGCUGCCCAACAAUCAGCUGCCUGCCGCCGCUUUGGCCGCGCUCGAUCGGAAUACGAAGCUGGUGCCGCCUGCCUACCAACCGCCGCCGCCCUUACCGCCUGCCAACAGCACCGGCAGCGGUGGCAGUGGCGCAAAUACGGGCGCUGGCGUUGGUAACUUGUCGUCGAACUCGAAUGGCAUACACCACAAUGAUAUUUUCAAUCAUCGCUAUCAGCACUAUGCCAACUACGACGAACUGCAUCAGCAACAGAUGAGCAGCGAAAGCGAAAACACGGCCACUAAACAAAAUCAAAAUAGUACAGAUGUUUUAUCGGAGUCGACAUUAGAAUGCAUGCGGCAACAAGUUAUCAGGCAGCGCAUUAAAGUCGAGGCGGAAAGCUUUACCCCUAGAUAUGUGCGUUUGAAAUCGGAAGAUUGGAUUUGCUUUGAAUUGAAUCGCCGUCAUCAGCAUUACCAUUCGCAACGCAGCGCCCGCUCACAGGACAUCAACUUGCAGCAUCAUCAUCAUCACGCCGCCAUGUUGAGCAACAGCGGCAGCGCUGCCGACAAGAGCAACCUGCUGCGUCCCACCUCCACAUACUAUGAGUACGAGACGGUGCAGCACAGUGUGAGUCCAGCGGCGGCGGCGGCGCAACAUCAUCAGCUGCGCAAUGGCAGUCUCAAGCAAAACGGACAUCACUCACCGAUAACGGUGAAUGGCGUGCAGCAGCAGCAGCACCAGCAGCAACAACAGCAGUCACAUCAGCAACACAACAACAGCAAUCAUCAUCAACAGCAGCAGCAACAACAACAAGCACAACAGCAAACAGUUGGGCCACCACCACAAGCGCAACCACACUGGAAAGUGGCGGGCAUGAAUGGCUUCUCGCCCGCCUCACUCAACAGCAGCGCGCGCAGUCGCGGUCCCUUCGUCACACACGUGACCAUACGCGAUCAGAGCUCAGCGGCCAUCGCCGCACAACAACCCACAUACCAAACGGUACAGAAGCAGCAGCCGCAAUUUGCGAGCGCAGUCGUUAGCGGUGGCGCGCAGCCGCACGCAUCGAAAGUGUGACUAUAGGUGCCGGUGCUGCGCCCAAGGCGUGGCGUAGAACAAGCAAACCGCGCGGCGGUUGGUGAUACAGCGUACGCUGAGCUGGCGCGCGAUGCGUGUGAUGUUGGUGGUGGCAGAAUGGAUGAUGGCAGCAGCGCUGGUGGCGACAAUGACUACGAAGAUGUGGACUCGGAUGUGGUGGAGAUAUUCUACCUCGCCACCGAGUGUUAAAGCGUGUGUCGCCGUCGACGGGUUUCUAAGUCAACAGCAAUACAAAAGCGUUCGUGUAACAAAAUAAAAAAAAAUUGGCUGAGAGAAAAAGAAAAUUUGUAAAUAAAUUAUGUUCAAUGUGGCACACAGGAAUUGGUACGAAAUCCUUAAAUCAUGAGACUGCAACAAAACAAACAACAACAAAAAAAUAUCAAGUGCUGGCAUACAAUUACAAAAUGUGGAAUUUGUAAUCAUAAAUAUUUUAAGUAAUUAAAGUUAAAAUUAUAUAUAAAAGAAUUGUGUAAGCUGAGCGCUAACGGUAGUUGUAGCUAUUCUGCGAAAUUUACAUUUAUAUAUACACUAACAUACAUUCCGUUGCAGCAUUUGCAUAGUUUGCAGCUUGAACAGUAUUGUUUUUAAUUUAAAAAUAUUUAUAUGCAACAAUGUCGUCUGCAUAGCGUUAAAAUAAAUCGAAUAUAUUGUAAAUUUAUUACUGCAAAAAAAACGAAACGAAAAAAUCCGUACAUACAUAAAUAUACGAAGUAGAUUUAAGGAGCCAACUGCUCAAAGUGAGGUUAGGCGCGAACUAAACACUAAAAUUAAGUUAAAAAUAAAGCAAAAGUAUGCCAACAAGCGCGUAGAUAUGUAAUUAUACAUUUAUUUACGUCAGAAAGCAGCAUAAUUUUCUUUAAAAAAUAUGUGGAAUAUUAUAUUUUAUUUUCUGUGUUUAAUAUAUAUAAUGCGUAGACACCAAAAUGCAGCAAAUUAAAGCUAUAGCGUGGCAGAAAAUGCUUAUACGUACAUACAAUAUGCUAUAAUUAUUGUAUUUUUUGUUUAAAAUACAAUAUGCUAUAAUUAUUGUAUUUUUUGUUUAAUUUAUAAUUAUUGUAACAGCAAUUAAAAAUAAAUGAGUGUAUGCUUAUUUUCUUAAUAAUAA